AUGCGUAACCGGCUUAGUAGCACAACCGAUAGACAGGAACAAGGAACAUUCUCAGGAGCCUCCGUAUCUGAACAUCCUCCACCUGUGCAACACGCCGACAAUGACUUGAAACGGAGUCAGUCAGUGGCUGUUGGAGCAUACCAUGUUCAGGAGCCAGAUGCUUCUCCUGCUGGUAUUCGGAAGUAUGGAAGUGGAUCUUUCUUGGGUGGCCUUACCGGAACGCUCCCGGAAAGUUCCAUCAGGACAUCCUUAAGCCGAUCAAGGGGAGGGUCAUUGGCGAUAAGCCGCGAUGCGGAAAAGGAGGCAAGAGCGGCAUCAGUGUUUCCUGAAGAGAAACUCGGGUUGGCACGUAUCAAAGUGGAAAGGAGCAACAGUGCAGUGGGUACCCACACCCAGGGAUUGCUUUGCUCCUUAGCUCAUGGAGACAAGAAUUUAAAUGGCAUUCGAAGUGUUACACGUUUGAUGAACGCAGGCCCGCAGAUAAAGCAAGCUGUCUGCAAUAUGUGUGGUGAUGCCGUGUCAGCGGAUGAAGAGUACACACCAUGCGAGUGUUCCUUCAGGAUGUGCACCAUCUGUUUGGAUCAUGUGCACAAGUAUGAAAGAAACCGCUGUCCAGGCUGUGGAGGAGAUCUUCGAAGCCGAGAGCAAUGGGCGAUAAUGCAAGCCAUGCUUAAUGAAACACCUCGGGCUGAUGGCACUUCCUCUCCGUCGAGGCUUGCAAGAACAGAGUCAAAGCAGCUGCAAAGCAUUAAUGAGAUUGAACAAUCGGGACCUCAGGUUCAGGGAGAAAAAAACCUGGUUCCUCUUCAUCAAGAUAACAGCAUCGUUCAGACCAGUCAGCCUCAAUAUGGAUAUGGCAGUGUUGCUUGGGAGCAGCCACCCAUAAAGGCACCUGAUCGAGCUGUUCCGAUAGCUGAUUGGAAGAAGAAGAGCUUGGCAAGAAAGUUGAGCUAUCCUGGUAGCAUAAUCGGCCCUUACAGGAUUGUUCUUUUCAUUCGUCUUUGUUCAAUCCUUGGAUUUCUUCAGUAUCGGGUUGCCAACCCCACAGAGACAGGAUAUUGGCUCUGGCUGAUGUCUGUCAUUUGUGAGAUAUGGUUUGCUGUUUCGUGGGUGCUCGACACACUUCCUAAGUUGACUCCUGUCAAGAGAGAGACGUACAAAGACAGACUGAAAGCUGUGUAUGAUGACGGAGGCGAAACGCUCCCGCACUUGGACGUUUUUAUCACGACUGCUGAUGCCACCAAGGAGCCACCUCUGGUCACAGCAAACACAAUUCUUUCUGUUCUGGCGACAAACUACCCACCUGACAGAAUUGCCUGUUACUUGUCCGAUGAUGGGGCAUCUAAGCUGAUGUUUGAUGCCAUGGCCGAGACUGCUGGAUUUGCACGACUUUGGGUUCCUUUUUGCAAGAAGCAUAGCAUUGAGCCAAGGUCCCCAGAUGCGUACUUCAGCCAGAACGUGGACUUUCUGAAGAACAAAGUGCAUCCUGAUUUUGUCAAGACUCGGCGCAAAGUGAAGAGAGAAUAUGAGGAGUUCAAAGUUCGCAUGAAUGCAUUGGUUGCUGAGAGCCGUUAUCCCCCGGAGGAAGGCUGGAUGCUGGAGGAUGGAACACCCUGGCCAGGCAACAAUAGGCGUGAUCACGAUGGGAUUAUCCAGGUAUUUCUACACCCUGAUGGAGACGUUCGUGACUUUGAGGGAGGAGUUCUUCCACCUCUCAUCUAUGUCUCACGGGAGAAGAGGCCUGGACAUGAUCACAACAAGAAAGCAGGAGCGAUGAAUGCUCUCUUGAGAGCCAGCGGAUUAAUCACUAACGGUGCUGUGCUGAUGAACUUGGACUGCGAUCACUACAUCAACAAUUCUGAUGCUAUUCGCGAUGCGCUUUGCUUCUUCUUGGAUCCCAUGCAAGGUUACACUACAGGCUUCGUGCAGUUCCCCCAGCGUUUUGAUGGAAUUGACAGGAAUGAUCGUUAUGCAAACCAUAACACAGUGUUCUUCGACAUCAACAUGAAAGGCCUCGAUGGGCAGCAAGGGCCUGUGUACGUUGGAACAGGAUGUUUUUUUCGUCGCCGUGCUCUCUACGGUUAUUUUCCCUCUCCAAAUCCAAGUAAGGUUGGCAUGUCAAAGAAAGCCAAGAACGGUCUGUGGAGCUACCUGUGCUGCUGCUGCCUUCCCCGAAAGACACCGGAAGAGUCAUUGGAUGGACAUGAAUCAAAUGAUCAGGAUUCCACUCAACUGGUGAAGAAACCCAAGCUUCCAGCAAGGCUGGGUGCUUGUGCCCAUUUCGUCAACACCGCAACUGGCGAUGAGAACCUGUCGGGAGAUGUUGAGGAGCAGCCUUUAAGCCCAAGAUCUAUGCUUAGUGAUGUAGUCCUUACCAUCAGCUGUGACUAUGAAGCCAACACGGAUUGGGGCAAGACUGUGGGCUGGAUGUAUGGCUCAGUCACUGAGGACAUUCUUACAGGGAUGAAAAUUCAUACACGAGGAUGGCGUUCUGCUUAUUGUGAUCCAGACCGUGCUGCAUUCAAGGGGUCUGCUCCACUCAACAUGACAGAUCGUCUGCACCAAGUUGAGCGAUGGGCAACAGGAGCUGUAGAGAUCUUCUUCAGUGGAAGAAAUCCAUUAUGGUCUCAGUGGGGCACUAAACUGAAACUCCGUCAAAGGAUAGCGUAUGCAAACAACGCAUUCUAUCCAUUUACUAGUGUGGCAAUCUUCUCGUACUGUCUUCUGCCACCUCUUGCCCUGCUUACCGACUUUUUCUUUGUCCCAACGCUGGAUCGCUAUGCAGUCAUCUGGUUUGCUGUACUCAUCCUGUCGUUUCUGGCAUCCUCUGUGCUGGAGCUGAAGUGGAGCAAAGUUUCUUUUGAAGCAUGGUGGAGGAACGAACAGUUUUGGUUGAUUGCUGGGAUAAGCUCUCAUUUUGCAGCCGUUGUGCAGGGUUUGUUGAAAGUUAUUGCUGGGUUGGAGAUCAGCUUUACAUUGACGUCAAAAGGUGGAGAUGAAGGAGAAGUGGAUGAGCUACAUACUUUCAAGUUUUCCUGGCUGCUCCUUCCUGGGUGCUUCAUUGGCCUUUUCAACAUUCUGGGCAUUAUUGUGGGGGUUGGACGAGCGAUGAGCUCAGAUGGGUCACAGGAAUGGGGGAAGCUUGCUGGCAAGCUAGUGUUCAGCUUCUGGGUCCUUGUCCAUCUUUACCCAUUCGCCAAGGGGUCUCUGCUUUUCUCGCCGCAGUUGCCGUCGCUUCAUCUGCAAGCCUAA